AUGGCCCGCCCCUAUCUGCCAACCCCCAAAAUCAUCCACCUCAGCAUGGACUUCUUCCCGCCCCCCACCGGCCGCAUCCACUGCCUCGAAGGCUUCCUCGCCCACCUCCCCACCGGCACCGGCAAGCGCGGUCCCAAGCCCCCGCAGACGCUGCGCUGCUUCUUCAGCGAGACCACGUCCCACAGCAUGCUCACCGUCAAGGCCUCCCGCAAGCUUCCCAAGAGGUUCCUCUGGGAGGGCCGCACCGUGGAGCUCGAUUCCCCGUUCGUCUAUCGGGAUGACCAGAACUAUUUUUUCACCUCUGCGUUGGGAGAUGUGUUGGAGGAGGAUAGGGAUAAGAAGAAUCCGUGCACGCCGCAGCUGGUGGCGCAUGGGUUGAUGGAUCUCCAUUUCAUGGUGGUGAAUGAGGAGGAAGGGGGGGAGAAGGCGCCGGGGGUGGAGAAGAGUUAUCACUAUUUUCACAUGCCGGAUGUGGUCUUGGUGACGGAGUUCUUUGGCCCUGGGUCGGGGCCUUCGAUUAUCACGCCGGCUGAGAAGAGGAGGAUGGACGAGAGGAAAAUAAUGGACGAGAAGAAAAGGAUGGACGAGAAGGAAAGGAAUGACAAGAAAGAAAAGGCAGAAGUAGUCGAGGGGGGAGAAAAAGGUGAGGAGAAAGGAGAAAUAAAAGAAAAGGAAGGAGAAAUAAAAGAAAAGGAAGGGGAAAUAAAGGAAAAGGAAGGAGAAACAAAGGAAAGAGAAGGAGAAAUAAAGGAAGAGGAAAAAGAAAAGGGUAAGGAAAAAGAAAUAAACGGAGGACCAGAGGAAAGCGAAGAGGAUCCAGACCGCGAAGGUUUCGAACUUUGCCUAGGACAGGAUUUCUUUCAAAUGUAUCCUCACCUCAUGUUCAGCAUUGUAGCUACUCCAGCCCUCGAACAGCGGAUUUCAUCUGUUCAUUUUGGACAGUCUACAACACAACUUACCUACGAAGGGCGGUCGUUAUCUAUCUGCGCGGUUGGAACCUGUGUCGGCAGAGAUUCGGGCGGUGGUAAACUCGUUUUGGAGAAUGGCUUUGCGGUUCAUUUUGCUCCCCAAUCGGUGUACAAUACUUACCACCGCCUACCUAACUUGAGACAACGAAGAAUGAAGGCACCAAAGAAAGUCGAUCUUAAAUUAAGGCAUCUUCAGGCAAUGGUUAAGGACACCAAAAGAGGCAAUUUAGGCCACGUGAAGUUCGUGAGGGGUGAAGAAAAGCAAUUGGAAGCUGCCAUGAAUCUUGCGACCUUGAGCACUUGUAUGAUACCUUUUAAGGCCGGCCCGGGGUCGUUUGAAGAGUCAAGAAUGGCUUCAGGCACCGAGCAUCCCCUUAGUAUCGGGGAAUGGGGAAUUGAUUCAGACAAUGACCCGGGCCUGGAUCCAGAAAAGUACUUUAUAUCAGUCGAGGAACCUAAAGAGAAUCCCCAGGAUGAUUCAUUGGAGGCGCCUGGGACUUUGAACCCUGGGCCGACGCUUGAAAGAAGUGAAGACGGAACCUUCAUCAUACCGGAGAGCAUGAUUGUGAAGAGGUCUCCGAUGUUCUUGAAUUUCGGGAACACCACCACAUAUGUUGUUAGAGGAAAACCGAUUGCUUAUACGGAGAGGCAGCUGUUUACGAUAGACCGGGAUAUCGAUAUCACAGCUCCACUAAGCAGCGAAAUGGAAGAGGAAGCUUGA